UACGAUCAUGUGAUCACCUUCGACCAGGAAGUCCGCACCGUGUGGCAGCAGAAGUUCUCGAUUGUUUCACUUCUCAUUGUGUCUACCAGAUGGAUGCUGCUUUUGCAGGUGGCAUCUCCAGUAAUUGCCCUCAUCCCACACGGAUCAAUGCCUCACAUUUGCAAGGUCUUAUGCCUUAGUGGUAUAGCGCACUGCGGUUACUUUCGGGCUGCGGUCUUCUCCGCGCUCCGUGUAUGCACAAUACGGAAUCAGAACUCAAUAUUAUUCACAAUUGCUCUGACUCUGAGUCUCGCACCUGUGGUUGCCAACGCUGUAAGCUUGACUUUGUUAGCUGUAUGUUUCUGCCAUCCCGUCAAUGUACCUAUUACUGACUGCUGCUUUACAGUGCUAUUUUUUAGCCGCAUUUCUUUAAUCGCCGCAGAUUUGCUCGUUCUGGUCGUGACGUGGAGGAAGACCUACUGCCAGUAUAGAGAAGCAAGGUUACUGAACAUAAGGUCUCCGUUUGCCACAUAUCUCAUCCACGAUGGUAAGGUGCUCCUCUUUACACCAGUAGCGAGGCCUUCGAUUACCUUUGUUGUUCCCUCGCUCAUACUUACUCGCAGUAUCCUUCUGGUCCUAAAUGUCUCUCAGAUCCUGUCCUUCUACUUUGUAAGUGACCCACCACCAAUCACCCCCAUCCGGCCUACUGAAUACCUACAGGUCUCCACAACCAUUGUCACCGCAUUUGCAAAUAUAAUGCCGCAGAUUCUGGUUUGCCGUUUCAUGAUGAAUCUGCGGCUACUCAACCAGGGCACGUCCACUAACUCCGAUAUCGAAACGUCUCAGCAGCUGCCUUCACCGCGCACGCUGACAUCCAAUGACGAGGCAGCCCCGGAUUUUAUGGGGAACAUGGGCGAGCCCCUGGAGUACGGCCAGGAUGACGAGAGGGACUACGACGCGCAUAUCGGCAACGAUCAAGCUGUAGCACACUCUGCAGAAGAGCUAGCUGUCUCAGCAGACGUCCAGCGACUGUAA